AGCAGUCCUGGCCACAAUCCCGGUGCGCACGGACGUCGCUCGCUCGCUCGCUCCAGAGGCUCUUUCGUUCUCUCCCCAUCUUCGUCUCGGGAGAGGUGGCUCCGGCUCGUAGGGGGAUAAAGCCAUGGAGGACACGCAGCUCCAUAUCAUCGAGCAGCCCCUGCCCGGCUACUCGGACGCCGGAGACUCGGGGUCCUCGCCCAUGGGCGCACCGGCCGCCGAGGAGCCGUCCGGGACCGGCUCGGAAGAGCUCAUCAAGUCGGACCAGGUGAACGGCGUGCUGGUGCUGAGCCUGCUGGACAAGAUCAUCGGCGCCGUCGACCAGAUCCAGCUGACCCAAGCGCAGCUGGAGGAGCGGCAGGCGGAGAUGGAGGGCGCCGUGCAGAGCAUCCAGGGCGAGCUGAGCAAGCUGGGCAAGGCGCACGCCACCACCAGCAACACGGUGAGCAAGCUGCUGGACAAGGUGCGCAAGGUCAGCGUCAACGUGAAGACGGUGCGCGGCAGCUUGGAGCGCCAGGCCGGCCAGAUCAAGAAGCUGGAAGUCAACGAGGCCGAGCUGCUCCGGCGCCGCAACUUUAAAGUCAUGAUCUACCAGGAUGAAGUGAAGCUGCCGGCCAAGCUGAGCAUCAGCAAAUCUCUCAAAGAAUCAGAGGCGCUGCCAGAAAAAGAGGGCGACGAGCUGGGCGAAGGCGGGGAGCCCAGGCCCGACGAGGAGCACACGGUGGAGCUGUCGUCGGACGAGGCGGUGGAGGUCGAGGAGGUGAUGGAAGAGACGCGCGCCGAGCGGCUCAAGCGCAGCGGCCUGCGGCGCGUGGACGACUUCAAGAAGGCCUUCUCCAAGGAGAAGAUGGAGAAGACCCGGGUGCGCACACGCGAGAACCUGGAGAAGACGCGCCUCAAGACCAAGGAGAACCUGGAGAAGACGCGCCACACGCUGGAGAAGCGCAUGAACAAGCUGGGCACGCGCCUGGUGCCGGCCGAGCGGCGCGAGAAGCUCAAGGUCUCCCGGGAGAAGCUGCGCAAGUCCUUCACGCCCGACCAUGUGGUCUACGCGCGCUCCAAGGUGGCCGUCUACAAGGUGCCGCCCUUCACCUUCCACGUCAAGAAGAUCCGCGAGGGCCAGGUGGAGGUGCUCAAGGCCACCGAGAUGGUGGAGGUGGGCCCCGAAGAUGACGACGACGAAGGCGAAGGAGGCCUGGAGCGCGGAGAGGCCCUGGAUCUGCUGCGUGGGAGCAGCCCCGAUGUGCAUGCUCUGCUGGAGAUCACCGAAGACUCAGAAGCUGUCUUGGUCAACAAGAGCGAUAGCGACUGA